AAAAUUUAGUAUAUAUGAGCACGACAGCCCAAGAACAGUCCGAGCGAGGUUUCGUGUCCAUCUUGCAUACAUGGUCUACCAAGAAGCAAAACAAGUAAACAGGUAGGACGCGAGCCGCGAAAAGAACGCAAGGACGCGUCCUUCCCGAGCAUCGAACGAUCAUCUAUCUGUACCCAACCCAGUGUUUCCUUCAUCGUGCCCCAUCCCCAGUGAACUGAUGCUCAAGUCGAGCACAAUUCAGAGCUGGGUUAUGUAUACACUCGACACGGGCGACACGACGUGUCAAUUCCCAGAGCUCGAUUAUAUUGACCGCAUUGAUCAUCGGUGCAUUGGGGAAGACAAUAACGGGUAUUCGAGGGGCACAAAGGACGAAAGUGAUGUUAGAGAAGGCGUACCCAGUCAAUCCCCUCAUGGAGCACAUGCAGCGAUUCUGCAGCACUCCUGUUUUCGUCCAGCCACUCGUUAGAGCAGUUUCCUCCCAGAGGAUGACUCGAGGGGAACUACUCGGACCUUAGCCAGCUCACGAUAGAAGAUGUUCGUAGAACGGUCUUGUU